AGCGGGACUUUAUUUUACUACUGUUAUUAUUAAUAUGACGCCAGGAUGGAUUGGCUCAACAGCACCGGACUGGACACGGUCAUCCAGCUAAACGCGUCCGACGGCUACUCAUCGGCGGCCGUCGCCAGCAUCGCCGCCCUCGUAAGUUUCCUCAUCUUGUUCACUGUGGUGGGCAAUGUGCUGGUGGUGAUCGCCGUGCUGACAAGCCGGGCGCUCAAAGCGCCCCAGAACCUGUUCCUGGUCUCCCUGGCCACGGCCGACAUCCUGGUGGCCACUCUGGUGAUGCCGUUCAGUCUCGCCAAUGAACUCAUGGGCUACUGGUAUUUUGGCAAAGUUUGGUGCGGGAUCUAUUUGGCGUUGGACGUUCUUUUUUGCACGUCCUCCAUCGUGCAUCUGUGCGCAAUAAGCCUGGAUCGCUACUGGUCCGUCACGCAAGCGGUUCAGUAUAAUUUAAAGCGGACUCCCAAGCGGGUUAAGUGCAUCAUCUUAAUUGUGUGGCUCAUAUCUGCUUUGAUUUCCUCUCCACCGUUGUUGUCUAUGGAGAGGAACAAGGAGAGAAGCGCUCAGCCCCAGUGUGAGCUCAAUGACGACAGUUGGUAUAUCAUUUCCUCCAGCGUAGCUUCCUUCUUCGCCCCUUGCCUCAUCAUGAUCCUGGUCUAUGUCAGGAUUUACCAGGUGGCCAAAACCAGAACCAGGAGCAUGUCGGAGAAGAGGCGGCCGGACAGCGGGGUCGUUCAAACAGAGAACGGGCACUGCCAGUGUCCGCCCACCCCGAGUCACCGGACAGCCACUCAGGGGCAACACACGGAGGAAGCCGACCUGGACGACAGUUCAUCAUCAGAGGGGAAAGGCGGAAGGAGGCAACCAGAAUGCCCUCAAGGGAACCCCAAGCCGAGCUCCUUGACCAAAGAGGCCGCGUGCGACUCCAGAAUCAACAACAAAGCCGUGGACCUUUUUGCCUCCAGGAAGAAACGGAGGAGCUCCAUUGCGCUGAAGAAGCUCUCUCAAGCCCGGGAGAAGAGGUUUACUUUUGUCCUCGCUGUGGUCAUGGGGGUGUUUGUCGUGUGCUGGUUCCCGUUCUUCUUCAGCUACAGUCUUUACGGCGUGUGCAGAGACUCUUGCAAGAUUCCAGAUCCACUCUUUAAGUUUUUCUUCUGGAUCGGGUACUGCAACAGCUCCCUCAACCCGGCUAUAUACACCAUCUUUAACCGUGACUUCAGGCGUGCCUUCCACAGGAUCUUGUGCAAGUCAUGGAAAAAGUCCUUUUAG